GCUCACCUGCACCAGGUGCGCUCGCAAGGGCUGGACCCCCAGGCCCCGCCGCCGCUGCCCCCCGACUCCAUGGAGGUGUUGCCCCCUCCCCAGGAAAUCCAGGACUUCUUGGAGCCCCCCUUGGGCUUGGAACCGCACCUGGGGCAGAGCGCGGGGGUGCAGGGGCCGCCCGGGCACCUGCUGGACCCCGAGGGGGGGGUCCCGGCCGUGCCCCCCGAGGCCAAGGACCAGUUUUCGGAAGGGGGGAGCCCCGCGGGGGGCAAGGGGCGAUUCGUGCCCCUCACGUCCAUCUGCUUCCCGGACGCUCUGCUGCAGGACGAGGACCGCGGCUUCUUCCCCGGCAUGGAGGACAUGUUCGGACCCCCGCCCGAGGAUUUCCCCAAGCCCGCCGAGGAGGAGGAGGAGGAAGGCAACGCCAACGCGGCCGGGCUGGAGGCGCGGCCCGAGGGGAUGAAGCCGCCCCCUCCGUACGAUAUGGGGCAGAGCUACCCCUCGUUCUGCCCGCAGGACGGGGGGGCUGCCGGGGACCCCCCCCAGCUGGGGCUGGAGCCCCCCAAACACGAGUUACCCUCCACGGUGAACGCGGAGCCGCUGGGCUUGAUCCAGAGCACGGGCGACGGGGGUCCCAAACCCCCUCCUCCUCCCCUCAGCACCCCUUUGUUCUGCUCCUCCAAACCCAAAAAGCUGCUGAAAACUUCCUCCUUCCACCUGCUCCGCAAGCGGGACCCCUUCCCACCCCCCAAAAAAACCUACGCGCAGGAGUACGAGUUCGAGGAUGAUGAAGAUAAAGCCGACGUGCCCGCCGACAUCCGCCUGAACUCGCGGCGGCUCCCGGACCUGCUGCCCGACCUGAUCUCCAGCUGCCGCCGCCCGCCGCUCACCCCCAUGGGCGACAUCGAUUUCUGCCCCCACCCCGGCGCCCACCCCGCUCCCAAGAAGCGCGGCCGCAAACCCACCAAGCCCAAGCGGGAAGGGCCCCCCCGGCCCCGGGGCAGGCCGAGGAUCCGGCCCCUGGAGCCGCCCGGCUUCCCCGAGGGAGCCAAGAGACCGCGGGGCCGCGGCCGGGGCCGGGGCAAGAAGGGCGGAGAGGACGGGGAGGGGAUGGAGCCGCUGCGGCCGCUCAAGAUCAAGCUGGCCGUCUCCAAGGCGGACCCCCCCCCUCCGCCCUGCAGCGCCCCCGGCCCGUUCCCGGGGGUCCCGGAGCCCCCCGCCGAGCCGUCGCCGAGCCGCGCCAAGCAGAAGCUGCGCGAGGCGGAGGAGAAGCAGCCCGAGAUGAAGUCGGGCUUCAUGGCCUCCUUCCUGGACUUCCUGAAGGCCGGCAAGCGGCAGCCGCUGCCCCCCAGCCCCUCCAAGCCCCCCAAGCUGGGGGCGCCCCAGAACUUCCCCCUGGGGGGGUCCCUGGAGGGGGGCGAGGGCGAGGGGCUGGUGAUGGCGUGUCCUUCGCCCUGCAAGCGCCUGGACGAGGAGCUCAAGAGGAACCUGGAGACGCUGCCCUCGUUCUCCAGCGACGAGGAGGACUCGGUCAGCAAGAACCAGGACCUGCAGAAGAGCAUCAGCUCGGCCAUCUCCGCCCUGGACGAGCCCCCCGAGCGCAGGGAGCCCCCCGAGGCACCAGACCUGCAGAAGAGCAUCAGCUCGGCCCUGGACGAGCCCCCCGAGCGCAGGGAGCCCCCCGAGGUGCCAGACCUGCAGAAGAGCAUCAGCUCGGCCCUGGACGAGCCCCCCGAGCGCAGGGAGCCCCCCGAGGUGCCAGGACCCAUAGAGGUCCUCCAGGGGUUUAUUAUGGACCUGCCAGGACCUGCAGAGGAGCAGCUCCGCCCUGGACGAGCCCCGCGAGGCGCAAGGACCUGUCAGGUGUCCCCGUUCCCCUUCCAGGCCCUGCUGGUCUCCCUGUUCCCCUCCCAGGACCUGCCGUUACCCUCCCAGGACCUGCCAGGACCUGCCGUUGCCCUUCCACCGAGCCCCCCGCCGGGGCCGGGCGGGGGCAGGGCGGCUCCCGGGGGGUCCCCGAGCCCCCCGCGGGGGUCCCCGGAGCCCCCCGAGCCCCCGGACGCGCGGCCGCUGCACCUGGCGCAGAAGCAGGGCACGGCGGCCGUGUGCGGGGACACCAGCGACGAGGAGGAGAGCGGGGGAGAGGGCAUCUUCAGGGAGAGGGACGAGUUCGUG